ACUUUAUCAGCAUCCGGGCAACUAACAGCUUAGAAAGCCCUGACUGCUAUUCGGGGGCGGGGACUUUCUUUGAUGCGUCAUCGGAGCGGACGCUGCAGGGAAUGGGGCGUCGCAUCCUGGUGACGUCACUGCGGAAUAUAGCAGAGAUGACCAUGUACACCUCAGGCUUUCGUUCCAGGCACUCUUACCUGCCUUUAAGGGUGCCUGGACCGCCUUGCCUCAGUUUGUGUCGAACUGCAGAAAGGCCCCACCUCACUAAGCAGUUCUACCCCAGCAUGAGACUAGAGGUGGCAAAAAAGAAAAAACGUUUUCGGAAACAAAGCUGGUUCCACCGAAGAAGUGUCCAGCUUUCAGUUGAUGGAAGACGAAGAGUAAAAUGCAAUUUUAUAGAAUGCGACAGGGACUCGCAGGGACAGUGCCCACUAUCUUUGGAUGAAUCUAAUGAGAUUGAGGACCCAUAUGAAGGAGGAUCACAUUUGAAUCCAUCAAAUGGCCAGCUUUAUAGAGCAAAAAAUGAUAACACUCAAGUAUGGUUUAAAAUAACGAUCCCUUACGGAAAAGAUUAUAAUAAAGACUGGCUCUUGAAUGCUAUUCGCGAGGAGUGUGGGCUUUUCUUUAGGGCUGAGCAGUUCCACUAUGUUAAAAAGAAGGCAGUGUUCUUUGUGGAUAAGUUUGCCACAGCAAAGGCGCUACUUAAUGCAUCCAGGAAAAUCCAAGCUGAUCAGUACUUCAAGAUAGUCAUCAAUGUAACUCCCUCUAUGUAUCGCCAUCAUGGAAACCCAACUCUGUGCCAUAGGGACGCAAAAAUGGGGUCUUUGUGUCCAGGGGAUAGCCUUUACUGUAUCCAGGCGUGCCUCCAGAAACGAUACGAUGAUAGGACCGCAAGCCUCGAUCUGAGCAACCUUUCUAUUGAUCCAGAGUUGCAGUCAACAAAUAAAUGUUUGUGCUUGAACCAAGCGUCUGAUGCCGAACUGAUACUGCAGCUGAUAGCAGAGCAUUUCCCUCAGCUCCUCUCUUUGGAUCUUAGUUACAACAACCUCUCCAGCCUUACUGACUUCUCUGGCCUCUCCGCUCUGGCCCCCCAGCUACAGAGUAUGAAUCUCUCUUACAACCAGAUUUGCCAGGCUCAGGAAAUCAAUGUGCUACACAAGUUGGAGCUGAAGGAGCUCUGGCUGGAGGGGAACCCUUUCCUUGCAUCCCUGGAGAGCACCAGUACUUACUACCGGAUUGUAAUGAAUCAUUUCCCUUCAGUACAAAUACUGGAUGGACAUUUCUUCAAGCCGGGAUGCUUUUUUGGCAAGGUCCCUAGAAGUCUCCCCCAGAUCAAGGGCAGUUUCUUCGUAAACGAAGAUCUCCGAGCGUUUCUGGUGCCGUUUGUGAGCCGAUAUUUCACAAUAUAUGAUUCUACUCAGCGCCAGCAGCUGCUGCCUCUGUACCAUGAGAACUGUUGCUGCUCUUUCAGUUUGCCGAAUGUUUUGCUUCCGCACAUUUGUGUUGAACAGGCGAAGGAGUACCUGAAAGAGAACCGGAACCUCCUGCGGGUUAAAAGAGCAGCACUAAGGCAGCAGCUGAUGAAGUACAACCGACUGCAAGUGGUGGGAUUCCUGUGCAACCUUCCCAGGACUGAGCAUGACCUGAGCUCCUUCACUUUGGAUGUCUGGUUUCAGACUCCUUCACUCAUUGGCUUUUCUGUGGCCGGAAUAUUUAAAGAAGAGAGCCCGAAAUGGAAGAAACUGUGCAGAUCAUUCAGAAGGUCCUUCCUGAUUGUGCCGGCAAUGGAAGCCUGUGCCCAGAUUUUGAAUGACCAGUUGGUGAUAAUAAAUUCCUACGUGGAUCAGUAUGAAGACAAAUGUGGACCUGCGUCCCCUGACCCGGGCUCCCCUGGCAGUAACGUAGCGCUGUGCGAUGGGAAUAUGGCCGUACUCAGAAAUUUCUCAGAAUCUACCGGAAUGAAGGUGGAGUGGGCACUCAAAUGCCUUGAAGACAAUAACUGGAAUGUGGAACAAGCACAAGACGUAUUCAGUCUCUUGAAGGAAAAGGGAACAAUCCCUCAAGAUGCCUUCCAGGCGGCCAUGUAAGCCCCUUGUGCGUUGAUCCUGCGCAACUCCAUGCCCCGAGCUCAGAGACCGCUCAUUUAUUAACCCUGCUUCUGAUUGGGCGCUCCAUCCACAGGUGUGUGGCUUCCUGCAGCUCACUAAAUAACUGCACUUCCUCCUUCCCUGUUGUUGCUAAGGCGGCGUCCCCAGGCUGCGUUAGGUAUGAGUUGUUUCCUUUGAGCCCCGCAACACCGCCGGUUCCCUUGUUUGGAAAUAUAACCUAUUGGUUUUUAUGCUUUUUGUAAAUGUUAAAAAAAAAGACCUUUGUGCAAUUUGGUUUCUAAAUAUUAUUUUGUUUGUCUUAAAUACAAUCCGUUAAAGUUGG